AUCCAGAUUUGCACAUUCCUGCAAUAGGGGGUAAAAAAAAGAACGAAAAAAACACGCUCAGCACUCAGCAGACGCGUGAACAUUUUGGAAAAAAAACGCUGAAGAGAGACUGAGAGAAACCCUAAACUCGCGAAGGAGGGACGACGACCGACGACGUCGACCGCACAUUCGAAUUCGUCGGAGCCGACGACGACGAGCGGUUGCCAAGUCACGAAGAGGAAGCGACGCUGCGAAGUGCGAGCAGUGGCGAGCCUGCGACGGAGUCAGGAGUGAGGAGACGAAUAGGAAGCGACGCUGCGAAGCCACCGCCACCACCCGCGUCCAAUCGCCGUCGCCGACCUCCCGAGACGCCCACUUCAGUCAGUCAACUCUUUGUGGGUUGAUCUCAAGGAUUUAUGGCAAGCAAGGCCGUGAAAACCGUAGCGAAAGCAGCCACUGGAUACCAAUAUCCUUGGCAGGAGAAGCUAGUGAAGUAUAAAGACGAGCUUACCAAAGGUGUUUGGGGUUACUGGGAGCUCGGGGCAUGGAAGCCUUUGGGUAUAAGUGCUCGUCAUCGUGCUAGACUCCGUAAAGAAGUUCUAGUCGCAGGACAAGACUGGCCCUACGAUCCGGAGAGGAAAGAAAUGAAAACCAAGAGGAAAGGACAUAAGGUUGAUCGAAUUGCAGCCGAGAAGCGAGCUCAAACUGCUGAAUUGAUGAAGAAGAUGCCACAAAUGUUGCUCGACUACAAGAAGCGUAGAUGGGAGAAGAAGAUGAAGGCAGAGGAGGAUGCUGCCAAGAAAUAAGAAAUAGGUCUAAUUGAUCUUGAAGAUCUUAGCUCUUUUCAUCCUAGUCUUUAGUGAUCAGUAGAAACACUUGUGUCUUUACCUUUUGGGAUCAUUCACAAUAUUUGCUUGAUGCUGAGUUUUUUAGGAACUUAUCUCUUCAAUAAGGGAUAUGGAAUCAAACUCUUUUUUUCUAGUGAGAGAUUAUGUAUGCAUCUCUCGCCUAGAUCCCACUUUCAGCAAUUUGCUAAGGUUUUAGUUGCCAUCUCAUUAUAUCUCAUGUACGAGGUUACUUCAUCAAUUUUUAACAGUGACAAAAGUCAAUAUUGUAA